GAACUAGGAGAUUUUGACAGAAAAGUUGCGAUUACUAUCAAAAAUCUUUCGCCACAUGUAACUCUUGAGAAACCGGAAGUUUAUAUAGAUUCUGGUACAUCAAAUUAUGGGCUUCCUAUGAAACAACUAACGAGUGAUAAAGGGUUAGUUUGGGGUGCUCGUAAGAUUGCUGGCUUUACCGGAGGAACCGUAGGUGUCAUUGUGUACCAUCUUAAAGAUCGUAAUGAAUCUUUGGCCUUCAUGUGGAGCGUCCCAUUUAACUACGGCUUUUACUCUAAUUGGUGGAAUUUAAAAGUUUUUAAAGGUCGUGUUAGAGCUAACCAAGCAUUAUAUGACAGGAUGUAUCAUGAACUUCCCCAUGAAGGUGACAAUAACAUCUAUCGCGGAAUUCUAAAUUCUGACCUUCUAUACUCGGGAACAAUGGGUAAUUCUGGCACCCCCACCAUUGAAAUUGAAAUUAUUAAUUAUGAAACUAUUAGUACAGCUUCUUCUUCUGCUUCUGUUAGCGAGAAACGAAAUCAUUAA